UUCAGUAUUCAAGCAGCCUUCUACCUAUUGUUUCUAACCGUACUGUCCUACGCACUCAUUCAUGGCUCAACUCAGGACGAUCCAAAUAAAUACAGUGGAAAAGCGAAUGGUCUCCGGUUGUUCUGUGAAAUUAUCACCAUUAUUUUUAUCAUGUUUUACUUUUUUGAGGAGGUGAACCAAGCAGAGCGGUAAGAUGGCUUAGUUUUCUGCAUAAUUUUCGUUAUACAGUGGAACCUCGAUAUAACGAAGGGCCAAGGUGCCAUAUUACGAGGUUUCGUUGUAGCGAGGACUUUGUUAUGUAGAGGUUCGUUGUACAUGUUGUAUCGAGGUUCCACAGGUUGAACCCACUGGCAGUGAAAUGAAAGUGAAUGAAAGUGAAUGAAAGUGAAUGAAAGUGGAAUAAAAGAACAAGUAGAAACAUUGUACAAAGGUUGUACACUCUGAAAGGGGAUAUUUCUCAAUUAGGGAUCUUUGGGUAGCUGGAUUUCAAGCAAUACCAUAGUCUCUUGAUCAAUUUGUUUUUGUUUUGUUGUGAGUAUACAUGAAAAAUUAGUUUUAUCAAUGGCGUUGAUAAAGUAAAUUUAUGUCGUGCCCAGCAAUCCUCGGCGCCUGUGCGUCUGUUGGCUCAGAGAUGCUUGACCGUGAAAGAACUGUGUACGAGAUUACGCAGCGUCACCUGAAAACCUGCUUGACAACGAUGCGAAAACACGACUUAUUUAUUUAUUAUUUAUUUAUUUAUUUAUUUAUUUUCGUCCUCUUCAGGGAGUGGAAAACCUAUUUCAAGGAUCCCUACAACUAUUUUGAUUGGCUGGGGCUUUUGUUGACGUUUCUUGUCAUUCCUCUACGGUUUGCUGAAGUCCAGUCUCAAUGGAGUGUCGCUGGACUCGGUUACCUGUUCAAUUUUCUCAGGCUCUUCAAGUUCUCUUGUGUCACCAGGUAUUUUAUAUUUUUACGAAUAGCAGCUCGAGUCAAGAGACUCAUGCUUCGUCCACACAUCAUUCCGCUGGAAGAACCCGUACAAACGAUUCGCUUACGUCUGUUCACACGAGGAAAAAUUAAAAUUAUACAUUAAGUCAUAAAAGAAAAGCCGGCUAUUGUGUAGUUCAAAAGGGCUACAGCGCUCAGUGUCUUCAGAUUUCAAGUGCCGGUGAAAAUAACCGAGACAACGAGCGGACUUUCAAGUAGCAUCGCAUUUGCGUUUAUUUAUUUUUAUAAGCUUUGCAACCGGCGCUUUCAGAACUGAAUUCAUCUUGCUAAUUGCGGCCAAAAAACAGGAUCUUGACGUACAACUGCAGGUUAAAUCGUACGCAAUUUUCAUUGUUACAGUUCUGAUUUUCCCUCGGAAUUGCAGCAUUUCUGCUCAGAUCCUCGCAUUUUAUAGAAAGUCGUCUUGACUUCGUGUUCCUGCUCUGUGAAUCGGGAAUCUGAUUCAAAGAUUGAAUAAGCAUUUCUUGACGAAAUUUUGCGCUUGUGUUCAAAAUAUCCUCUCGUAUGAAAAGGCAAAACAAAUGCAAUCUCGGCUCUUCGGUAAAAGCAUAGAAAAGAAAAAAUUAAGCCCUCGGAGAGAUUCGAACUCUCGACCCCUGGUUUACAAGACCAGUGCUCUAACCACUGAGCUACAAAGGCUUGUUGAGUAUGUAGGGCCAAUUUAUUGCUAUUUCUUGUUUGCGAUUUUUUCAAGAUUAUUCAUUGCAGUUGCAUAUUUCCAAAAGAGUACCCGAUCACCACGGAAAUUCUCUGACCAAAGCUGCGAAAUUCGACUACUAUUUACGUGUAAAGGUGUUAUGAAAGAAUUAGAAAACUCAUAGUUGAAGGAGAAUUUAAAAUCUUUUAACUUCCCUAUUUUGUUGCACAUCUUAAAUUCCAGGUUAAGUUUUGAUCGCGGUUAGACGUAAAAAACGUUUCUGGUUAUUGACGUGACGACACGUAGGCCAUAUUGUUAUACCGAAAACAUAAAACUGCGACCAUAUUGGAUCAACCCUGGGGGAUUACUCGCGUAACCACGAUCUUUUGUCUCAGUGAGUUAAGCUAUGCUAUACCGGAUAGCCGUUGGACCUGCACCAAAACCAUAUCCGAUAGAGCUUUUUUCACACUUUUCUGUAACAAAGCUGGACUGCGCCGCGCCGAUCUUGAAAGUGAAUCGUCACAUAUCGGAUAAGUUACUGUGCCACUCUUUAUAGCAGUGUCAGUAGCUGGUUUUUUUUCCUCGUAUCAGGCCGGAGUAUUUUUCCUGUAGAUAUAAUAAGCCAUCCGGUAUGGUGUAGACAAGGCAGCCUAACUUAACCGCUCGGCCGAUCAUGUGCUAGCCUGCGAAAACAGCCGUCUUUCUUGUCUUCUCGCCGAUGGGGACGGCUAAUCGUGUGCCAAGUAAAAACGCUACAUAUCAAAUGCCACGAGAAUGAAUGGGUUAGUUUCAAUAGAAACUGUGGGACUGUUUGUGAGAGAGUGAAAGAAAUGUGGCGGUUUAUCAACUGAGUUUAUUAGGUCAAUUUACCACCAUAAAAAGACUUUUGAACUAACUUUUCGCGCGCUUACUCUUCGUCGGAACCAUGAGACACUGCCUUUAAUCGGACAUCUGAUUCUGAAAAGUGGAUUUAAAAAAAAAAAGGCACUGCCCUUUCUGGCCUCCAAGCAAGUUUUUUUAAUGCGCAGUUUUUUCCCAUAGAACCACAGGCCUGUACACCAAGACUCUGGCAAGGAUAAUCUACAGGGACAUAACUCGCUUCGGUGUGGUGUUUGUUGUUGUGUUUCUUGGAUUUUGCGGUGCCAUGUACAUGGCACUGAGAGCUACAAAUUCGCAAAAUGUUUUUAGGUAAGACGGUGUUUAGUAAUAAACUAGCCUAGACCACUUCUUUUAACCAUUAUCAGUUAUAGAAGAAGCCUUUAGGGAAAAAAGUAGACUUGCUACAAGUCGACCUCUCCAAACUCUAGAAAAUCGAGGGAAGCGAGCCUCAAUUAGAUCACGCAGCAACCGAGCGAGCGUCAAAGUCGCGAACCAACCAGGAAAAAAAAUAAAGGACUUUCAGAAAGUUUACGAAAAAAUAGUGCAUGCGGGAACUCGCGUGAAGAAGCACAAGAAAGAAAUAUUUUCUUCCUAAAUAUUUAUCGAAAUAUUCACUUGUACUUCUCAACGACUUAGAUUAAGUUUCUAGUGGAAACCAUCGUUUCAUCAAGGUGACCACUGUAAGUCCAGUAGCUCCUUGAUGAUGAUGAUGAUGAUAAUGAUGAUGAAAACACUGCCCCUGAAUAUGUUGCUUGUGUCUAUACUUAUUGCGUUUGAACCACUCAUAGGCUGAUUGUGGCACAUGACAGAAUUUGUUGAUUAAGUGAACUCUUCUUUUUAUUUUUGGCUUUUUUAAAGUAAUUAUGCUUGGCUGAUGUUGGCUGCCAUUAGAGCUCUUGUUGAACAACAGCCAGCUGAGGAAGACUACAGUAAAUUCAAGUAAGGUUCUCUUCUAUAUUCGUUUUUGGGUUUGCUUGACAUAUUUUCUUGUAGUUAUACUUCAUGUAGAUGAUAAAUCUUACGAAGGGUUUGGCAACAAGGCCUUUCGUAGAUGGUUUUUGUGUAGCAGCUUGCACUUUCAUUCACAGUUGGCCGUCGGAUUUCGGGUAGUUUUUUGUCGGUUCUUCAGACAGUUGGUCAGGUUACUUGCGAUCUCGUUCAAAACACAACGUGUUAGGAAAGGACGACAUCUCACAAUCCCAGAAUUCUUCCCAAUAAAUUAAUGCCUUGUCGCCCGUUCGAUAUUUUUGACACAGUUUGGUCAAGCUGUAUUUAGCCAAACAGUCCCCAAUCCUCUCUAAUCAAUUAUCUUGAGGUGCUUAAGUCGAUUGUUUUUUACUAAUCAUGGUUGUCAUUUUCUUUUGUAUGCCUUGUUAGCUGGCUGGUAAUUCUUAUUCUUCUCGCCUACAUGGCAUUGGUAAUUGUGGUGCUACUUAAUAUUCUCAUCGCUCAGUUAAGCUAUACCUACAGCGAAGCUAAGAAGACUGCUAAACUGCAGUACGCUAUCGACGCCAUGUUCAUUGUUACACGUCUGGAGUACAGCAGACUCGCUAGAUGGGUACGCUUCGGUUUAUUGCCACUGUUUGUUUAGCAUUCGUUUUUUCUUAUUACGAUAUGUGUCUAAUCUGUUUAUGUAAUUACUUGCUUUUUUUAAUGCCUGCCACGCAGGAUAGGGAAAUCGCGGUUGUUAGUGAAAUUCACACGCGAGCGAGCCGCGAAAGAUUGGCGCGGGAGGAAGCAAAUGGUCCUUCUCCCGCCCUCGCGACUCGCUUCGCUGGACUCUUUCGAUUCUCAAAUGGAGAUAUUUAUACAAUGAAAAUAAGACCAUUUUUUGUCGAAGUUUUGCUUUGAGGUAAAAAAAAUAUAGGUAAAAAAAAUUUAGGUAAAAAAAUAAUAUUAAAAAUAUAUUAAAAAAUAUAAAAUAUAAUAAAUAAAUAAAUAAAUGGCAAGCCCCCGGAGAGAUUUGAACUCUUGACCCCUGGUUUACAAGACCAGUGCUCUAACCCCUGAGCUACGGAGGCUUGUAGUAUGUAUUUGCCAGAUUACUACUGCUUCUACUUUUCGAUUUGUCAAAGUCUCUGAUGGGCUCCUGCAUUUGCCUAUUUUUCGUGACUCUCUCCCCCCUGUUUAUUUAAAACCCGCGUUUAACUGAUCACGCUGGUCGGUUGCCAGGGCUCCCCACCUUUUCUACUACUUGAUUAUCUCAGGCUCCGUGUCUACAUUAACUACCAGAAGUUUUGUGGCAUAUGACGUUGUAAAAUGGCCUGAUCAAUUCAAAACCGCGAGAGAACUCAUGCUGAAAAUGAACUUUACAGUAUGAUUUGUUAAAAGUUAUUAUAUACUGAAAAACUACAGGAAAAAAAGUUUUUUCUUCAUGAAAAUAACAGAAAACUCUUCCCUUUUGUUUCAGAACUUAAGGGUCAAGAAUUAUUUGCCCGGUGACUGGGUCAGUGAAAAAGACCUUGCAAAAGGUAAGCUUUAAAAGGAAUUUGUCACAAGGGGUUUUUAUAUUUGAUCCUUAAUGUACAUUGUGUGUGGCCAAAGGCCAGUAAACGCGGACGUAUUUCCCGGCCUGCAGAAAUAAAAUCAACUCUCGCCUUGCGGACACCCCGAUAGUAUGGACAGCGGCCAAAUCCCUGGCAAAAAUAAAUCACGGAUGUUUGACUGAAAUAAACUUCCGCCAUUACGGGCUCUCGCUAAUGAGGGCACUAAGUCAAGGUCCCUAAGGUGUCCGCUAUAAAGGGAAUUGCCUGUACACCUUUUUUGUUUGUUUGUUUGUUUGUUUUUUUUUGCGUUUGCUGGCUAAGGUCACUCGUGCUAACUAAAAGAAAUGGCAGCGAUUGUGGGGACAUGUAAGUAAGUGGUUUUUUUUUCACCGCCGUAAGUCACUUUUUCGAGCUUCCCAGGCAAAUGUUCUUUGGACUUUGUCACGUGUGACGGCAUACCUUUUCCAGCAUUUCUUUGUUUGCUUGUUUUUUGUUGUUGUUGUUUUUUUUUUUUAAGGCUGGGAACACCAAGGGAAAUAUUACAGGGUUCAAGUCCUCUCAUGUAACAUUACCAACGUAUGAAAAAGUCUUGUUGACAUAGCUUCCUUAUCCAGCGUCCCUCAUAGGUUCUUGCUUUUUCGUAGAACUUCUGGAAUACAGUGAUGAUCGUCACCCAUGGGAAAACUUGGAAGUAAAGCUAAAUGACAUAAGGUGA